CCGUGUUCUUUGGUGCCAUUGCCACCGUUCGAUGGCACUGUAGUAGAAGAAAAGCGUGUUCCUUUUCUUGCCCUUCUGAGCUGGGAGGAAGAAGGAUCGGCUGUUCUAUGUCGACGGCGCUAGUAAUCGGAGGAUGGUUCGCGCAAAGCUUCAUCCAGACGUUGCUCGACAAGGCCAGCAACUGCGCGAUCCAACAACUCGCGCGGCGCCGCGGCCUUCACGAUGACCUGAGGCGGCUGCGGACGUCUCUGCUCCGGAUCCAUGCCAUCCUCGACAAGGCAGAGACGAGGUGGAACCAUAAAAACACGAGCUUGGUGGAGCUGGUGAGGCAGCUCAAGGAUGCUGCCUAUGACGCCGAGGACUUACUGGAGGAGUUGGAGUACCAAGCCGCGAAGCAAAAGGUCGAGCACCGGGGAGACCAGAUAAGCGACCUCUUUUCUUUUUCCCUUAGUACUGCGAGCGAGUGGUUGGGUGCCGAUGGUGAUGAUGCUGGGACUCGAUUGAGGGAGAUCCAGGGGAAGCUGUGCAACAUUGCUGCCGAUAUGAUGGAUGUCAUGCAGCUAUCGGCACCCGAUGAUGGGGGGAGACAAUUCGACUGGAAGGUGGUGAGAAGAGAAACGAGCUCUUUCUUGACCGAAAACGUCGUGUUUGGUCGGGACCAAGAAAGGGAGAAAGUAGUAGAAUUGCUGUUGGAUUCAGGAUCUGGUAACAGUAGCUUCUCUGUCUUACCCCUCGUCGGAAUCGGAGGGGUUGGGAAGACGACUCUGGCUCAGCUCGUGUACAACGACAAUCGUGUCGGCAACUAUUUCCACCUCAAGGUUUGGGUCUGUGUAUCCGACAAUUUCAAUGUGAAGAGACUGACCAAAGAGAUAAUCGAGUCUGCUACCAAGGUGGAACAAUCUGACAAAUUGAACUUGGACACCCUGCAACAGAUCCUCAAGGAGAAGAUUGCUUCGGAGAGGUUUCUGCUAGUCCUCGAUGACGUGUGGAGCGAAAACAGGGAUGACUGGGAAAGGCUGUGCGCACCACUAAGGUUUGCAGCAAGAGGCAGCAAGGUUAUAGUCACAACUCGAGACACAAAGAUUGCCAGCAUCAUUGGCACAAUGAAGGAAAUUUCGCUCGAUGGUCUCCAGGAUGAUGCUUACUGGGAGCUGUUCAAGAAAUGUGCAUUUGGUUCUGUGAACCCCCAGGAGCAUCUAGAGCUCGAGGUUAUCGGUAGAAAGAUUGCUGGUAAGUUGAAGGGCUCACCGCUAGCAGCAAAAACACUAGGAAGCUUGUUGCGGUCGGAUGUCAGCCAAGAACACUGGAGAACUAUAAUGGAAAGUGAGGUAUGGCAACUGCCACAAGCUGAAAAUGAAAUAUUGCCUGUUCUAUGGCUGAGCUAUCAACACCUUCCCGGACAUCUUAGACAGUGUUUCGCUUUUUGCGCUGUGUUUCACAAAGAUUAUUUAUUCUAUAAACAUGAGUUGAUCCAGACUUGGAUGGCAGAAGGCUUCAUUGCACCUCAAGGAAACAAGAGGGUGGAAGAUGUCGGAAGCAGCUACUUCCAUGAGCUUGUUAAUAGGUCUUUCUUUCAGGAAUCUCGGUGGAGAGGGCGAUACGUGAUGCAUGACCUCAUACACGAUCUUGCCCAAUUUAUAUCUGUGGGAGAGUGCCAUAGGAUAGAUGAUGACAAGUCCAAAGAGACCCCUAGUACGACUCGUCAUCUAUCAGUAGCAUUAACUGAGCAAAUGAAGUUGGUGAAUUUUUCAGGUUACAAUAAAUUGCGGACCCUUAUGAUCAACAAUCAGAGAAAUCAGUAUCCAUAUAUGACUAAAGUCAACAGCUGCUUGUUGCCUCAAAGCUUGUUCAAAAGACUGAAAAGAAUCCAUGUUUUAGUUUUGCAGAAGUGUGGCAUGAAAGAGUUGCCUGAUAUUAUCGGUGACUUGAUACAACUUCGGUACCUUGACAUAUCCUACAAUGCUCGCAUUCAGAGGUUGCCCGAGUCAUUGUGCGACCUUUACAAUCUGCAAGCACUGAGGCUAUGGGGCUGUCAAUUACAGAGUUUCCCACAAGGCCUGAGCAAGCUGAUCAACUUGAGGCAACUUCAUGUAGAAGAUGAGAUAAUUUCUAAGAUAUACGAGGUUGGGAAGCUGAUUUCUCUGCAAGAAUUGUCUGCAUUCAAAGUGCUAAAGAAUCAUGGAAACAAACUUGCAGAACUAAGUGGUUUGACACAACUCCACGGCACUCUACGAAUUACAAAUCUUGAAAAUGUAGGGAGUAAAGAAGAAGCAAGCAAGGCUAAACUGCACAGCAAACAGUAUCUUGAAGCAUUAGAGUUAGAGUGGGCAGCUGGCCAGGUUUCCAGCUUGGAGCAUGAGUUACUUGUCUCGGAGGAAGUACUUUUAGGUCUCCAACCACAUCACUUCCUCAAAAGUUUGACAAUCAGAGGGUACAAUGGUGCUACAGUACCCAGUUGGCUGGAUGUGAAAAUGCUACCGAACUUGGGAACUCUUAAACUAGAGAACUGUACAAGACUGGAGGGUCUUUCAUAUAUUGGACAACUGCCACAUAUCAAGGUCCUUCAUAUGAAGAGAAUGCCUGUGGUGAAACAAAUGAGUCAUGAAUUAUGUGGCUGUACGAAAAGCAAGUUGUUCCCUAGGCUAGAAGAGUUAGUACUGGAGGAUAUGCCAACAUUGAAAGAAUUCCCGAAUCUUGCACAACUUCCUUGUCUCAAGAUUAUUCACAUGAAGAACAUGUUUGCAGUAAAACAUAUAGGUCAUGAAUUAUAUGGUGAUAUAGAGAGCAAUUGUUUUCUAUCAUUAGAAGAGCUUGUGCUGCAGGACAUGCUGACAUUGGAGGAACUCCCAAAUCUUGGACAACUUCCACAUCUUAAGGUUAUUCACAUGAAGAACAUGUCUGCACUGAAACUUAUAGGUCGUGAAUUAUGUGGUUCUAGAGAGAAAAUUUGGUUUCCUAGGCUAGAAGUGCUAGUGCUGAAGAACAUGCUGGCACUGGAGGAACUCCCAAGUCUUGGACAACUUCCAUGUCUCAAGGUUCUUCGCAUCCAGGUGUCGAAGGUAGGCCAUGGACUCUUUAGUGCUACGAGGAAUAAAUGGUUUCCAAGGCUGGAAGAGCUAGAAAUCAAGGGCAUGCUGACAUUUGAGGAACUCCAUUCUCUUGAAAAACUGCCAUGUCUCAAGGUUUUCCGCAUCAAGGGAUUGCCAGCAGUGAAAAAGAUAGGCCAUGGAUUAUUUGAUUCUACCUGUCAGAGAGAGUGUUUUCCAAGGUUGGAAGAUCUCGUAUUAAGCGACAUGCCAGCAUGGGAAGAGUGGUCGUGGGCUGAAAGGGAGGAGUUAUUUUCCUGCUUGUGUAGACUUAAAAUUGAACAAUGCCCCAAACUUAAAUGCUUGCCUCCCAUCCCUCAUUCUCUCAUAAAACUUGAAUUAUGGCAAGUUGGGCUGACAGGACUUCCAGGAUUAUGCAAAGGAAUUGGUGGAGGUAGCAGCACUAGAACUGCUUCUCUCUCACUCUUGCACAUUAUUAAAUGUCCAAAUCUGAGAAAUCUGGGAGAAGGGUUGCUAUCAAACCACCUGCCACAUAUCAAUGCUAUUCGGAUAUGGGAAUGUGCUGAACUGUUGUGGCUGCCUGUCAAGAGGUUUAGAGAAUUCACCACCCUUGAGAACUUGUCAAUAAGGAACUGCCCCAAGCUCAUGAGCAUGACACAGUGUGAGGAGAAUGACCUCCUCCUCCCGCCGUCAAUCAAGGCACUAGAAUUGGGUGACUGUGGAAAUCUUGGGAAAUCGCUGCCUGGAUGCCUACACAACCUCAGCUCACUUACUCAGUUGGCGAUAUCCAAUUGUCCAUACAUGGUAUCCUUUCCAAGGGAAGUAAUGCUUCACUUGAAGGAACUUGGAACUGUAAGGAUCGAGAAUUGUGAUGGGCUGGGAUCAAUAGAGGGUUUACAAGUUCUCAAAUCACUCAAGAGAUUGGCAAUCAUAGGAUGUCCCAGGCUUUUGCUAAAUGAAGGGGAUGAGCAAGGGGAGGUCUUGUCACUGCUUGAAUUAUCAGUAGAUAAAACAGCCCUACUUAAACUCUCACUUAUAAAAAAUACACUACCAUUCAUCCAUUCUCUCAGAAUCAUCUGGUCUCCUCAGAAAGUGAUGUUUGACUUGGAGGAGCAGGAAUUGGUGCACAGCCUCACAGCUCUCAGGCGCCUUGAAUUCUUCAGAUGCAAGAAUCUCCAGUCCUUGCCAACAGAGUUGCAUACCCUUCCUUCCCUCCAUGCUUUGGUUGUAAGUGACUGCCCACAGAUCCAAUCACUGCCGGAGAAGGGACUCCCGACACUCCUCACAGAUUUAGGAUUUGACCAUUGCCACCCAGUGCUGACUGCGCAACUGGAAAAGCACCUGGCAGAGAUGAAGAGCUCAGGUCGAUUUCACCCAGUUUAUGCAUAGGCAACAUGAGUGAGGAUGGAGAAAGGGGAGUGGAAGAGAAAGAUUUCGAUUGCCUCGAGACAACAUACAGAGCAUUUAGCCAAGGAGAUGAUCGAGACAUGGUGGCACUGAGGAUGAGAACAUAGAGAUUUGGUUUGGUUGUGCAUUUUUAUUUUGCCUGUCUUAGAUUGGGCCAUCCUGAGCAUCUUAAGCAGGGUUUCACAAAGAUUAUUAUUUCUUAAACAUAUGCCGAUCCAGAUUUGAUUGGUGGCUUCAUUGGUCCUCAAGCAAAUGAGAGGAUGGAAGAUUUAAAGGCAGCUAUUUCCAUGAGCUUUAAUAGGUCUUUCUUUCAGGAAUCUCCAAUGCAGAUUUAAAGAGGAGGAUACUUGUCAUCAUGUGCUCUUUAUCCAUAAACCCUAUCAAACUGCUUCUAUCAGAUGUAACCCUCGAAUUCUUCAUCCAACAGGUUGACCUUCUUCCUUCCUUCAA